GAAUAAAUUUAAGUGAAUUACAGAAUAUUUUAAAGGAAGUUAUCCAAAAGGGUUAUGUGCCUUUAAAUGCUAUUAAUAGUAACUUCUUAAGUUCUCUUUUGAAAGUUGGGGUGUUUAAUGAAGAUGGAUUAAAUCUAUUUUUUAGUUGUCCUAUUGUUGAACAGUUUUACCGAAAAGAAUACAUCAAAAAUUUUAUCCAUCCAUCUCCAUGUCUUCUGCCAUCAUUAUCUCAAGUUGAACAAGAGGGUAUAACAGAAUUUGUGUACAAGGUGUUAGAGAAUUUUGAUGGAAGUUUGUUAAGAUCUACCUUUUCUAGGAAUGUAAAUGGGAGUUAUAUAGAAAGGAUUUAUCAGAAUGAAUUUUAUUGUAGUGCUUGGAUGAUUAUGCCAGCAAGAUUGAGCUCUGAUGUUGGUACUUACUUUGGUGUGAAAGGGGCAGUUGACUUUUACCUGAAUGAUCAAUUCAAAUGGGCUUUUGAACUUCUUAGGGAUGGGAAAAAACUCAAAGAACAUUCUGAAAGAUUUCAACCUGGAAAAAGAUAUAGUGGGAUAGAGAUGAAUGAUUGGGCAGUUAUUGAUUUUUGCAUAAAAGGAUCAUCUGCUGCUUGGAAAAAUUUUCCACAAGAUAGUAAUCAUUACUGCCUUGUUAUGGAACAGGAUUCUUACAAAGCUAUCUUAUACCAUAAUAACAAUAAUAAAUCUUUUGAUUUAAAGCAGUCAAGAUUUAUUAAAUAUGUUACUUUUCACUAUUAUUCAAAGAUAACCAGAUU